CUCAUUUUACUUUAUAUACGUAUAUUUCUGCUCCCUUCUCAACCGUAUUUCUCUGUCUUAUACAAUGACAUCGUCCUCCCUAUUCAACGACGUACCUUGCACCCCCCCAGAUGCCAUCUUCGAGCUCACAGCACUCUACCGGGCAGAUUCCGCCCCACACAAGGUGAAUCUCGGACAGGGCACCUACCGGGACAGCGAGGGCCACCCAUGGAUCCUGCCAGCGGUGCAGGCAGCCAAGGCACGUCUCCAGGACGCCGACCACGAGUAUCUGCCCAUCCUCGGACUCCCCGCUUUCCGCACGCUGGCGUCGGCUUUGGUGCUGGGCGAUGAGUCUUCUGCCGUGCGCGCCAAACGGGUGGCCUCCUGCCAGGCCCUAGCCGGCACCGGGGCCCUGCAUCUGGCAGGCAAACUACUCCACCAGACCCUGGGGGCCGCGAAUCCCGUGUACAUCACGACACCCAGCUGGUCCAACCACCAGCAGGUAUUUGAGUCCGUAGGACUGCACGUACGCGAGUUCCGCAACACCUCCACUACGGACGGUCGCCUGGACCUCCCUGCAGUGCUGGCCGCCCUGCGCGAGGCACCCCCCCGCAGCAGCUUUGUCUUUCACGCCAGCGCCCACAACCCGACUGGCUGGGAUCCUAGCCCGGAGGCAUGGCGGGAGAUUGGCCUCCUCGUGCAGCAGCGGCAGCUCGUACCGGUCUUCGACGCGGCUUAUCUGGGACUCACCUCGGGGGACUACGCACGUGACUGCUUUCCCAUUCGGCAUUUUGUCGAUGAUCUUGCCCUCGAGGUGAUGGUCUGUUUGUCUUUUGCGAAGAGCAUGGGGAUUUAUGGCGAGCGGGUCGGUCUGUGUGCUGUUGUAACGCGCACCAGUACCGUGGCUGCGGCUGUCGAGUCCGCUCUGGCGCAGCUCAUCCGCGCGGAAAUCUCCAAUCCGCCUGCAUUCGGUGCCCGUGUUGUUACUGCGGUGCUGGCGGAUGAUGCUCUCCGCGCUGAGUGGGCGCGUAAUCUCGUCACCAUGCACAGCCGUCUGGUGGACAUGCGCUGCCGGCUGGCUGCGGCAUUGCAACGGCGCGGCACGCCGGGAAACUGGACGCGCAUUAUUGAGCAAAAGGGCAUGUUUACGAUUCUCGGGCUGACCUCCGCUCAGGUCCGUCGUCUACAGGGCAAUGUGGAGUAUGUGGCGGAAUGCAUUGAUCGAGUCGUGCGGGGAUAG